GUACGUAGGUAAUUUCUCUGUGAGAAGAAAGGCACAUGAGAAUGACGUGUUUGAAAGCAUUUAUAAACUUCAAAAAAAAAAAUUACCUGGAAACAAGCCUUUCCGUUUCAGAAUCAAUAACCCACAUCUUUCUUUUAAAGAGUCAAUGGAACCAGACACCACUUUUCGAUAUGUUCCUUUAUUUGAUUUUUCUUUUUCAGU